GAAGAUCUAGCAUGUUUUACCAAAACCACAGUCCAGAGGUUGUAAGAAGAGGGAAUGGGAUGGAGUAUUACAGUGAUGGAUUUUGUAGAGGUAGCAAUGAAGAGAAGACGCUCAAGGUCACCCUGCUUGGCUAUAAGGUUAUGGAGGAAAAGACAAAGUUCACAGUCUACAAGAUCUUAGUGAGGCGAGCGCCUGACGAGAGCUGGCACAUUUUUAGACGAUACACAGACUUCUCUCGACUACAUGACAAGCUGAAGGAGAUUUUUCCUGUGUUUGACUUUGUCCUACCACCCAAGCGUUGGUUCAAUAACUUCAAUGCUGAAUUUCUAGAAGAGAGACAAUUGGGCCUACAAGACUUUCUACAGCACCUGGUUGCUCAAAAAGACAUGAGAAAUAGUGAAGCGGUCAGACAAUUCUUAUGUCUGGAUGACCCACCUACUGCUUUUGGCGAUAUUAGAGAGAGAUGGGCCUUCUGUGAGACGCUGGAAGGGACCAACUGUUGCCUUCAGAGAGAUUUAAUGGACGACAGGAGAGAGACUGAGUCCCUGAGAAAUGUUCUGCUGCACAAAGAGCUCCAAAUUAGCCAGCCUGAAAGAACAAAAAAUGGCAUGUAUAGAAUCCAAGAGGAGUUGAACAAAGAGCCGGGAGACUCUUUAACAGAGCAGGAAUAUAAAGAAGUGGAGAGAGACAAACUCAGGAAACCAAGUUCUGAAUUGCAGUUCAUAAGGAGUCAUGGAGCGUGUUGGUGUGGAUCAGCAACUGACAGUCCCGAAAAGUACAGUUCUGGAGGACCAUUCCAAGAACUCCAUUAAAUAAAUUAAAAUAAAGGAAAACAACAUCACAUACAAAGCACUUUCUUCAAAACGUCUGUUUGUUCUUAGUCCAUAAUACGAACCGAAUACCUGGAUUUUGAAUGAAU